AUGGCAUUUAACGAUGAGCAAAUUAAAGUUAUUAAAGCAUUUUGUGGAACUUUAAUAGCAAAAUUAGAUGAUUUAGAGACAGAAGCACUUCUAAAAACAAAAGCCAACGUAAUAAAAAAACAUCCCUCUAAAGUUCUUAAAUUUUCUAAAUUUGAUUUAUCAGAGAAUGAAGACUUUAUAAAAAUUUUUACAGAUAAACUUGUAAAGUGUUUUCCCCGAGAUAAAUUAGUUCAAAUUAAUUUGAUUUUUAACUUUUUUGCAAAAAGUUCAACAUCCUUAUUAUUAACGGGUUACUUUAAACCAUUUUAUGAACUUGAUAGAAAACAACGUGAAUUUGUUUUACAAAAAUGGUCUAAAGGCUUUAAAUUUUAUAGAAAUAUCUUUUCAGCUUUGACGAUUUUAUUUAAUGUUAUAUAUUGGACAAGUUUUGAUAAAUAUUUUGAAACAAUUGGAUAUCCUGGUCCUGAUCCUGAAGCUAAUGGUGAAAAGUUUACAUCAAAAAUUAAUUCAUUUCCUAAUUAUGAAUUUAUUCAAGUUCCACCCGAAGGACUGGAAUUACAAUUUGAUGUAGUAGUUAUUGGAUCUGGUGCAGGAGGUGGUGUGGUUUCUGCUCAACUAGCAAAAGCUGGUUAUAACGUUCUUGUUAUUGAAAAAGGAAAGUACUAUCAUCAAAAUGAAUUAUCAUUAAAACAAGCCGAAUCUCUCGAUAAUCUAUACGAGAGUAAUGGCUUUUUAUUUAACGAAGAUAAAACUAUGUACAUUCUUUCGGCUUCAACAUUUGGAGGGGGUACCACGAUCAAUUAUAGUGCUAGUUUAAAGCUACCUCAUUAUGUACGAAAGGAAUGGGCUGCACAAGGAUUAACAUAUUUUCUUAGUGAUGAAUUUAAUGAGUCAAUAGAAGCAGUCGAAAAACGAAUGGGAGUUUCUUCAGAUGCAAUUAUUCACAAUGAAAAUAACAAAAUUCUUAUAGAAGGAUGUAAGAAAUUCGGAUAUCAUUGCGGUAAUAUACCUCAAAAUACAGCCGGAUAUCAUCAUCAAUGUGGAUGGUGUACAUUUGGUUGUAAAUAUGGAGAAAAACAAGGAAGCUUGAUGACAUGGUUAAGAGAUGCUAGAGAUGCUGGAGCAAAAUUUAUUGAUAAUUGUUAUGUUGAAAAUAUUUUGAUUAAAAAUAGAAAAGCCGUGGGUGUUAAGGCUAUAGUUAACGGAAAUCGAGCAUUAAUCAUACACUCAAAAAAAGUGAUUGUUUCUUGUGGAGCAAUUCAUAGUCCUGCUUUACUGAGAAGAAGUGGUCUCAAGAAUAAAAAUAUUGGCAAGAAUUUAUAUCUUCAUCCUCUUACUAUGGUAACCGGUUUCUUCCCGGACAAAGAAAUUAACCCUUAUUCAGGGUCUAUAAUGACAUCGGUAUCAGAUGCUGUUGAAAACGUAGAUGGUGAUAAUUAUGGAGCAAAAAUUGAAACAUCGACAUUUCAUCCUCUUUUUCUUGUUACUUUCUUACCCUGGAGAUCUGCACUUAACCAUAAACAACGAAUGCUUCAAAUAAAUCAUUUUUCUUCCAUGUUAAUUAUUAGUCGUGAUAAAAUUCCUGGUAAAAUUACCAUAGAUUCAAAUGGAAGACCUAGGAUUCAUUAUUCAAUUAGUAAUCAUGAUUCAAAAAGUAUUGUCGAAGGAAUAAUUGCUGGACUUAAUAUUCAUGUAGCUGCAGGUGCAAAAACAGUUAUGACACCGCAAUUCGCUAUUGAAGAAUUUGAACCUGCUGAAAAAGAUCCAUUUAAUGAUCCGAGAUAUAAAAAAUAUAUUGAGAAAGUUAGAGAGAUUGGUGUAGAGGAGAAUGCAUCAAGUAUUGGAAGUGCACAUCAAAUGGGAACAUGGUAA